CACUCUUCCGGGUUCUUCUUGUGCAGCAAUGGCGGCGUCCGUGCUGUGCAGGAGGGCAGCGGUGUUGUCUCUCAGAGGGGUUUAUUCUCCCCAAACCGCUUCUGCGACCCCUCUGUGCGGGUCACUGGUCCAGGUAGCAUGCUACAACCCGAAGCCGCUCUGGCGGAACGUCCGGGAGCCGUAUAUUCCCGACAAGGACGACGAGAGGACGCCGGAGUGGCAGAAGUCGUCCCAGUACGACAGGAAGCUGUUCGGUCGCUUCGGCUCGGCGUCCGGCAUCGACCCGGCCUCCCUGUGGCCCAGUCACGGAGACCUGGAGAAGAUUAUUGCAGAGGAAAACCAGUGGCACCCCUCGCUGGACGUGAUGCUGACGAACAUCGCAGCUAAGGACGAGGAGGAGACCAAGAAGAGACUGGACAAAGAGAAGCUCAUAGCAGAAAACAUGGCCAAGAUGCCCAAGAUGGUUGCUGACUGGCGCAGAGAAAAGCGUGAAACCAAACUGAAGCUAAAGGAGGAGAAGAGCCGUCGUGCACGGCUGCUGGCCGAGGCCAAGGAGCGUUUUGGUCACGCGGUGGAUCCCCGUAGCGCCAAGUUCUUGGAAAUGGUUGCAGAAAUAGAGAAAGAGGAGAAAAAGAACAGGAAACUACUGAAACGCAGAGCGAAAGAAGAGAAGCUGGCUGCGCCAGCGACUCCUGCUGCUGCUUCAUCGUAGUCCUGGACAGACACGGGGGUGAUCUCUGCAGCAGUCCUGCAGCUGUAGCCUCUUGAACACUUUAUUAUUCAACAUGUUUGAAAAAAAAUAUAUAUAGAAAGCUGAGUUUAUCGUUUGUGUUGAGACUGCUUCAGUGAGAUGAGAUGUUGCAAAUACUUCAGUCAGCUACAAACUGUAUUGUUCACGAUGGAAUUACAGAUGCAUCAAACUUGAACAUUCAUGGACUUUUAUUGCAGGACUUUUGUAUUUGAAUGCAUUCUCAUUAAGUGGAUCUAUUAAACUGGCAGCGUAAGCGGUCAACGCUGUUCUGAACAACUUCAGCACAAAACAAGUUGUCCAUAUGAUUUAAUAAAGUUCAUUUUGUCCAUGGCUUUACAAUAUAAUUUGCUAUUUUUAAUUGGAAUUUUUAGUUUUUUUAAAUACCUGAUGUUUUGGCGAUUCCUUUUGCUUUCAAGGAGGCGUGACUCACUUGUCAGAUUUGACAGGGGAGUCACACCUUCUUUCAAAAUCAGCUGGUGAAUGGCGGGUCACACACACCAUCCUGUGACUGAUGAAAGCAAAAAGAAUCACCGAAACAUGUCAGGUACUUAAAAAAACCUAAAUUAUUGUCCGACAAAAAGAAUUAGCAAAUUAAGUUGUCCUUGUUUCGUCUUACGAGACACCUGUUAACUCAUUUUAUAAACAAAAAGAAAUCCUCAGAGCUUUUCUUUUGUCUCAAGUCUU